AUGGAGAGGUCGAGGCAAAGUGAAGCUUCUUGUGCUGCGGUCGUCCUCGCAGCCUCCAUAUGCACCCGCGGGGGCAAGGCCGUACUUUCGCGCCAAUUCCGUGAGAUUGCUCGCUCAAGAAUCGAGGCCUUGCUCGCUUCCUUCCCCAAACUGGCCGACUCCGGUACUCAGCAUACGACCGUGGAGCAGGACAAUGUCCGCUUCGUAUACCAGCCUCUGGACGAGCUAUACAUCGUCCUGAUUACGAACCGCCAGUCGAACAUCUUGCAGGACAUCGACAGUCUCCACCUUUUCGCCCAAGUCACCACCAGCAUCUGUAAGAGCUUGGAUGAGAGGGAGAUUCUGCGCAAUGCUUUUGAAUUGCUUAGUGCCUACGAUGAAUUGGUGACUCUGGGGUACAGGGAGAAUCUGUCCCUUACUCAGAUCAAGACCUUCCUGGAAAUGGAGAGUCACGAGGAGAGAAUUCAGGAGAUUAUUGAAAGAAACAAAGAACUCGAGGCCAGCGAGGAGCGCAAAAGGAAGGCGAAGCAGCUGGAGAUGCAGCGGAAAGAGGCCGCCAAAUCUGGCCGCUCUAUGGCUCCCCGGGCGCCCUCCUACCCCGUCUAUACUCCCCCCUCCCGGCCAGCUGUUCCCGAUACCUACGACACCUAUGAGGCAGAGAAGAAGAAGUCUUUCGCUAAGCCGUUACCCACCCGCGGCAAGGGCAUGCAACUUGGCAAGAAGUCCAAAACCACCGACAUAUACGAGAAAGUGCGCGGCGACCUUGGUCCUGAAGUUGAAGAGUCCAGCCCCUUGGUGACACCACAAGCCUCGACGCCGAUCGCCGAAAAGGUGUCCUCCGCCCGUGCCUCGCUGUCAACGGACCGGGAUCCUGUCCACAUCACAAUCGCAGAGACAAUCUCUGCUACUCUUACACGUGAGGGUGCACUGAAAUCCUUCGAGGUGAAGGGUGAUCUGCAACUCCGAAUCUCCGACCCAGCUUUCACCAAACUCAAGCUCGACCUCCACGCUAACCCCACGCAUGGUGCGCAAUUCCGCACCCACCCUAAUGUCGACAAAGCCGUCUUCACAAACUCUUCCGCAAUUCAAUUGAAGGAUACGUCCAAGAGGUUCCCGGCUAACAACUCCAUUGGUGUGCUGCGCUGGCGUGUCGCAAGCUCUGGAUCGGACAACGCCGAUAUCCUCCCCAUCUCGUUCACCGUCUGGGUGAACAAGGGCUCCGACUCGACCACCGUUACCAUCGAGUACGAACUGACUGGAUCUGACACUCUGCGCGACGUCGUCGUCACUAUCCCCUACGGCGCCACAGAACCGGCAGUGUCCAGCUUCGACGCCGUCUACGAAGUAUCCGGAGACAGCCUGGAUUGGAACAUCGGAACCGUGGAUGAGAGCAACGCAUCUGGCAGCUUCGAGUUCGAGUCCACAGGCGACGGAGAUGAGAACGAGUUCUUCCCCAUGAACGUGCAUUUCUCGAAGGCUAACCCCUUCGUCGAGGUCGACGUAAACGACAUCACUCUCUUGGAGAUGGAGGGCGAGAGCACUGGCUACUCCAAGGAUGUGAAGAGCGUCGCCGAGGGAUAUGUCAUCGAGUAG